GAUUUAAUGAUAGGCACAAACGAACGAGACGAACGCGGACGCGAAUCAUUUUCUCGCAGUGGUGCGCUGCAGCCAAAGCAGGAGAAAAAACGAGAGAAAAAGCCUUGCGGAUAAAACAGCAGUAGCAGAUAGGAGUAUCAAACGGACCUCCUGGAAAUUACUGUCCUUCAGAAACAGAGGGAAGAGACACUUCCGGCGGAUAUCCGUGCGUUCGUGUGGAUUUGCUGAAUAGUGUUUUAUGUUUGCACCAAAGCCGAGAUCCUUUCCGUGCUUCUCUGUGCAAGAAAACGGCAAAAAAACGCGAAAUUGUUAGCGCCUUAGUGCCGAUUGCCCAAACUUUAGCAAAUUCAACCACUUCCGUGAUUCGUGGAAAAACAACAAUUCCUACCGAAUCUGUAUCCAGCGCUGGAUCAAAAAGUGCACAUCGCUAGUAGCGAAUAAAUCACUAGAUCCGGAAGCUUUUGUGGCUCUGUGGUAAUUGUGGCUGACGACACGGCGGCCGCCGACGCAAACCAACAGCCGGACGCUGGAGAAGACGAAGAUAGACAAUUGCAGACGGAUGAAAACAAGAAAGCUACUACCAAUAGUCCAACGUUAAGUGAUUCUAAAUCGGAAGAAGACAAAACUUUGGCACUACAUAAGCAACAGCAACAGUUGACCCAACAACAGCACAGACAGAGGCCCCAAAGUGAGGCACAGGCAAUGCCAUCGGCGGUUGGCGGUGGCGGCGGUGGAAAUCAUACUGGAGGAGGAACAGGCGGAGGCGGAGGAAAUGGCAAUAACAUGAAUACACAAUCGAACGAAGAAUGUGGCAUACGGGACGUUUGGCGGCACAAUCUGGACGAAGAGUUCCGCACGAUUCGGCAUAUCGUACAGAAGUAUCACUACGUGGCGAUGGAUACCGAGUUCCCGGGCGUGGUAGCUCGGCCGGUGGGUGAAUUUCGCUCCUCGGCAGACUAUCAGUAUCAGUUUUUGCGCUGCAAUGUCGAUCUUCUGAGAAUCAUCCAGUUGGGACUGACGUUCAUGGACGAGGAAGGUCGUACGCCGCCAGGGUUUUCAACUUGGCAGUUUAAUUUCAAGUUCAAUCUAAACGAGGACAUGUAUGCCCAGGAUUCUAUCGACCUACUGCAAAAUUCUGGCAUACAGUUUAAAAAACACGAGGAAGACGGGAUCGACCCGUUAGAUUUUGCCGAACUCUUGAUGACCUCCGGUAUCGUACUGAUGGAUAACAUCAAGUGGCUCAGCUUUCACUCUGGGUACGAUUUUGGGUAUCUGCUGAAACUUUUAACAGACCAGAAUCUGCCUGCGGAAGAAAGUGAUUUUUUCGAACUACUGCGAAUCUACUUCCCGACGAUCUAUGACGUUAAAUAUCUGAUGAAGAGUUGCAAGAAUCUGAAGGGUGGCUUGCAGGAGGUCGCCGAUCAGCUGGAACUAAGACGCGUGGGACCGCAACAUCAGGCCGGGUCGGAUUCACUUCUCACCGGGAUGGCGUUCUUCAAGAUGCGAGAGAUGUUCUUCGAAGAUAACAUUGACAACGCCAAGUAUUGUGGCCACCUCUACGGUCUCGGUACGUCUUUCAUCGUAAAUGGUAGCAGCAACACGAUCAACAGCAGCACCAACAACAGCUCCAGUACAACGCUGGGAACAAACGUUAACACUAAUGUGACUUCCGGUACCGGAACCGGUGGUAACAGCAACAGUGGCAGUACUAAUUCCACUGUCAACAACAACAACAAUGCAAACAAUAACAACAACAGCAACACGAACAGCGGUAGCAACACUAACUAUCAUGAUAACGGCGAAACGAACACGACUUCAUGAUUCCGUCUGUUGAUUCGCUAGUAAACUGAAAAAAAUUUCGACACUUUCACUGAACGAAACCAGCAAAUUAAAACAAAACAGAAAAACAGUUUAGAACGAAAGCAACACAUAACGAAAAAAGUACUCUUCUCUUUAAAGGAUAAAAUAUUUAUUACAGCUUUAUUACUACCUAUCUAUCGUAAAAAAUGCGAAAGCGGGAGGCAAAAGAUCACUGUAAGUCAUUUUGGAACGACCAAGACAGAUCAUUUACCUAAUUUUAAGACAAGUAAAAGAAUAAACAUUUUAAUCAACUUCUUCCUCGAUUUUUUGUAAGUUGAUUCAAUUUUGGACGACAUGAAAAUUUUGCUUUUUUUAUCAUUCUUGACGAUUACUGGAAAGCAGUACUCAUUUUUUGUUUUGUUUUAGUUAACAAACGAAAAGAAAAUCGAUCGAACUAAAAUAAUAAUCGAGAAACAUAACGCUGAACUCACUAGUUUGAUCGAAGAAAAAUAUGUAAUGAAUUUUUUUUCCAAUAUGUUACUAUCUGUAUACUAUCAAAAGCAGUUGAAUAAAAGGUGGCUAACAAAAAAUAUUUGCGAACUAACAUCUAUCAGGAUCAUGUAUUUAUAGCAGAUAUAUCGUUCUUUAACAUUUUUCGUAGCAAACCGCAAGUUGUAAAGAGCACUCUGUAAACUAUUAUAUUAAACCGAACAGAAAGCUGUCAGUUUCACAAUACACGUUAAGAGCCAGGGUGGCAGAAGUGGCUCUUGCUCCCAACGGACUGGGCAACAAGUGUUCAAGUCGAACAUAUUGAAGAUAAACUGCGAAGUACCAUGGAAUAUUCCAUUUGGACACUCUGAGAUCUGCAAUGUAUAUUCAAAAUACAUACUGGGACUCGCACUAGUUGAAAGUGCAUGCUUUACCCAAAAGCGUACCUCAGUACAGUAACAUUGUUGUUGAAAGCAAACAAGACACGAAAGAAAAAAAAAUUGCGUGCUUCGUGAUAAAGUGUCACAAAAGGAAAAUAAAACAACAGCAAAUAAUUGAUUAAUGAUCAGUAAAGAAAAUAUAUAUUCAAAUAAAAUGUUUUAUUGAUUCAAACCAAA